AUUUACCCUUUAAAAAACAUAUAAAAGUGAAAUACAUCAUCAAUAUGAAUGCUUAAGUCUCUGGGAGCUAAAUCUCAUGCUAAUGCACAAUCCAAUGAUAAAGCUCCUGGACGACCUGGUCUUUGUUGACACCCAAGCCCAUAAUACAGCCAAUUUAUCUUUGACCGCACAAUGAGGAUUUAGGGUCUCUGUACAUCUCAUUUGAUACAGUGAAAUCUGAUUUUCUGACAGCCAAAGCCAGAUUACCUGAAUCUCCUGUUCUUACUAACACCUUUACAAAACUGCCCAGAUUAGGUGGGAUUUUUCAGCCACUUUAUAUGUUUUUUUUUUCUGGAUGGGCUCUAUAGGGGGAUUAUGUUUUGUCUCCUUCCGUUUAAUCUAUUUGGUAAAUGGGGGUUAGACACACACACACACACACACACACAGAAAUCCUCCUCUAUAUGAAGGUGUUCACCACCAAAGCAAAAGCAUUUGGCUCAGCAUCAGUUACAAAUGCAGCAGCAACAAAAUUCACACCAUGGACUCGAGCGUGUAUACGGACAAGAAACGUUUCGCAUUCACUAUCGACAGCAUCCUGAGCGAUGCCUUUGAAAACAGCAACAAGAUUCCCAGCUUGGAAAAGGCUUACAUCUCCACUGAAGAACCGUGUGGGGAGAAAUCUACAAUGAAUCAUGAAUCAGUGAAUCAAAUGGAUCAUCGUGUGCACACCUGCAUGAACUGCUGCUAUUGUUCACACUGUGGAGAGAUUUUACACACAGCUGCGAGUUGUCACGUUGUCUGGAGUAAAAGGAUAUUUACAGACACUUGCUCCUCUGCAGAUGGUCAUAUUCAGAAGAGGGUCCGUCGCCAUCGAACCAUCUUCACAGAGGAACAGCUGGACGCUCUGGAGGAACUCUUUAAACAGAACCAGUACCCAGAUAUUAACACCCGAGAGCAGCUGGCUGAGCAGACACACCUGCGAGAGGAAAGAGUGGAGGUGUGGUUUAAGAACCGUCGGGCCAAAUGGAGACGCCAAAAGCGGCAUCCAGUCAACAUGCGAGGACAAGGCGAUUGGAAAAACUGACAUGAACACCAUGAUGUCUAUAUGAUGUCCGAUGGCAUCAGACUCUUUACUGUAAAAAUGCCAGUAACUUGAUUUAAAUGUAU